AUGCCUAUCAACUUUACGUCUAUAUUGCUGCUACUAUGUGGCAUCUUUGCUGUAUUUGCAGCGUUACUUGCUCGCCAUGGAUUUACUGGUAGAGACCACGUGGUGGGCAUUGAUUUGGGUACAACGUAUUCAGUUGUAGCCAUAUCUCAAAAGAACAGUGUGACUGCAAUUGCAGAUAGUGACGGACAUGUAUUGAUACCAUCUACUGUAGCCUUUUUGCCCCAUGGAGAAAUAGUAGUUGGUCGAAAAGCACGAGCGCAUUUAAUAAAGGACCCACAACAUACAAUUUUCAAUGCGAAACGAUUCAUCGGUCGGAGAUAUGAAGAGGUUUUGAGCUUGGAGGGCAAUUCAGAUGGUGUUAUGCCAUAUGAAUUCAGUAUAAAAUCUCUUCAAGAUGACAACAAUGAUGGAGUUUGUUUUAUGCUGGAUGUACAUGGUCAGCCUGAUUGCGUUACUCCUGUGAAAAUUGGUGGUGCAAUUGUGCAGCAUCUUUGCAAUAUGGCACGCCGGUUCAUCGGUCAUGACCAGAUUACGAAGGCAGUAAUUGCAGUGCCAGUGGACUUUAACGAGAGACAACGCAAUGCGACAGUGGCGGCAUUUCAGUCGGCAGGAUUGCAGGUGUCACGUGUGUUGGAAGAACCGACGGCUGCAGCAAUUGCUUAUGGCCUGCACCAGGAUCCAAAUGUGAGUUUCUUACUGGUGUUUGAUUUCGGGGGAGGCACGCUGGACGUGUCACUGCUUUUCGCACGAAACGGAGCUAUCAAUGUGCUUGAUACACUGGGAGACAGCCAUUUAGGGGGCGAGGACUUGGAUGCACGCCUUGCAGCAUGGUUGGUAAAGCAAUUUGAAGCACAGCUUGGUGUUGCGAUCACGUCGCGUGGAACUGAGGCAGAAGCCAGUGGCAACGAUAAAAAGGAGCCACCGUGUACACAGGCUGGGGUCCGCCAUGCUGCCGAACUAUUAAAAAGGCAACUUACUGAUGCCUCCGUUGCUAGUGCCUCCUGCGUAUGGACAGAGCCGUCUCAAUCCCAGGCGGAGAUCCAUAUCCGAGCCGAAGUGGAAAUCACACGAGCACAAUUUGAAGACCUUUGUAAAUCAUUGCUCGAGCGCACGAUGAUUCCAGUGCGUGAGGUACUAGAAACCAACAACAUGGAAACCGAAGAGAUCGAUGCCGUGGUGCUAGUAGGAGGCUCCUCGCGAAUCCCAUGGGUGCGUGAGCGUCUCACUGACAUGUUCCAGGGUCGCGCACCGCUUUCGGACAUCGAUCCAGAUCUUGCUGUGGCGUAUGGAGCAGCGCGUACGUUAGAUUAA